AUGGGUGUCGGAGGGCUGGCUUCCAUCGUGUUUGGAUUGAUUGUCGAUGCCUUCGGUGGCGCUAGCUUCAAUGCGAUCGGUACAAUUGCGUUUAGUAUUGCCGGUGCCGGUGGCGACGAUGAUACACUCACCACCGCCGUCCGCUUUCCUGCUCAGGCGAUUAGUGCAACUGGUGGUGUGAUGUCUCUUUUGGAGUUGACGCCAUUAAAGUACAAACAUCUGCUAGAAGGACCUACUCUAAAAGUAGAUUUGCAUACUGGAGCCAUUGCUGAGGGAGUUUUGACUUUCGUUAUCACUUUUGUUGUAUCAUCAUCAAGGGUCCUAACAGCUUGUUCUUGA